AUGCCUAGAGGCGAGAGGCGACAGAAAAAGAAGAUGUACCGUUCCCGUUGCAAUGCGGUAUUCUAUCAACUGGGGAAUCGGAUCUUUAAAGGUCGUUGGUGGCUGUUUACUUCUGCAAGCCGGCAGCUUCCCCUUCCUCCCAUCCACCCUGUCCGUAGCCUUUUGCCUACGCGACUCGAGCUCAUAAUCCGGCUGGUCGACCCUGCGAUUCAGGUGCACGGUCUUUCACACGUGGACAGCCGUCUUCUUCUCCACCUCCGGUCCGACGCUGGACGGUGUGAAGGAGGCGAGUUGAGGUGUCGGGCUUGGGAGGAGGAUCCCUUCGGGCCGGACAGACACGCAUGGGCGACACUUGUACAGGACAAAUCCAUUCAAGUGGCCCCGAUUCUCCAGCAUUCUUGGAGAGUCUGUAUCAUGGCCGGGACGCUCAUUCAUCACUAUUUAUUUAUCGUCUCCGCAUCCCCCUUCUCCGUCCUGGCUUCAUCUGGGCACAAAUGA